GUGAAGAUAACCGAAGGUGAUAAGCCCGCAAUUGUCUUAUCGAUGUGGCGAUUCUAUAAAUGACCACUGCGGUAGAUUGAGAACGGCUUUAGUCAUCAUUGGAUAUUCGACAAAAGCGGCACAAAACGGAAUUGCAUAUUGCAAAAUGCUAGACCAGCAGGGUACGCCGGUUGUGAUUGACAACGGAUCCGGAUGGAUCAAGGCCGGAUUGGCCGGAGAGGACGAACCGACUGCCGUGUUUCCCACGGUCGCUGAACGGAAUGAGGAAGGGGAGGAACCGAAACGGGUCAAUCCCAUACGGCUCGGAACGAUAAUCGAUUGGGACGCCAUGGAGAAGGUUUGGCAUCAUACGCUGCACGAUCGGUUGAAGGUUGCACCGGAGGAUCAUCCCGUCCUGCUGACGGAUGUCCCGCUCAAUCCGAAAGCCUACCGCGAAAAGAUGGCCCAGAUAAUGUUUGAGACGUUCAACUGUCCUGCGGUUUACAUGGCGAAUCAGGCUGUGUUGAGCUUGUACGCUGCCGGUCGAACCUCGGGUAUCGUUCUGGACUGCGGUCACGACGUGUCACACAUUGUCCCCGUCUACCGAGGUCACGCUCUGCCGCACCCCAUCAAGAGACUGGUUUUCGCCGGACGCAGCCUUACCGAUUACCUAGCCGACCUUCUCGCCGACCGGGGAAUACCAUCGCUGGAGAUCGAUACCGUUCGCGAGAUCAAGGAAAAACUCGGCUACGUAGCCCUCGACUUCGACAAGGAAAUGUCGGCGACCUCGGAGAAGUACUUCCAGCUUCCCAACGGCAAAAGCAUCACCAUCGGGCAGGAGAGAUUCCGCUGUGCGGAAGCCCUCUUCCAACCCUUGCUGCUGGAUUUGGAGAGUCCCGGGGUUCACCAGGCCUUGCACGAUUCGGUCAUGCAGUGCGAUAUCGAUGUCCGGAAGGAGCUGUUCGGCAAUGUGAUACUUGCCGGUGGGUCAUCCAUGUUUGGUGGGAUGCGCGAUCGAUUGGAGCUGGAACUGCGAUCGCUGGCUCCGAGUACCGUUAAGGUUAAGGUGGUAGCCCCGGUGCAGCGGAUGUACUCGGCUUGGAGGGGCGGGUCGAAUUUGGCUUCGCUGGCCAGUUGCCAGAAGCUGUGGAUCACCCGCGAAGAGUACGAUGAAUUCGGACUGGAAGUUGUGCAACGGAAGGGGUUGUAGAUCGGAAUGAUGUUAAAAUAGGAAAAA